AUGGCGUCAGCCGUGGCAUCUGCACCUGUACCCAAAGACGAAGCGCCCGAAGUGAAGAACGAAGUCGUCAGCCCCGCCGAUGCGCUCUACGACAAAUGCGCGCUGCGGUCGCAAGGCACCGUCUUCUUCCAGCGCGACCUGUCGAACAUGCAAGUCGCAGAAACCAUGGGCGAGCUAACAAUGCUCCUACAAGAACUAUGCGACCGUCACCUUAUGAAGCUGAUGACGCUGGAGGGAGAGCCUUGCUGGAAGCUGCGAUCGCGGUCAGAUGCGGAUAAACUUCGACGCCUGACGGCCGAUGAACGCCUGCUCUAUCACCACAUUGACCAAGUCCAAGCCGAGGGCAUUUGGUCCAAAGCCCUCCGAUCGCGAACCAACGUAACACAGCAAGUGCUGACAAAAUGCCUAAAGAGCUUGGAGUCGAAAGAUCUGGUGCAGUCGGUCAUGAGUGUCAAGUAUCCCAAUCGGAAGAUGUACCUCUUGAAGCAUCUGCAGCCAUCAGAGGAUAUCGCCGGUGGCCCAUGGCAAUCAGAAGGCGACUUCGACACCGCCUUGAUCGACACAGUUGCUGGUAUUGUAGCCCAGCACAUUGAGCAUGAGACCUGCAUCAAAGUCCCUGGAAACUGGAACGAGUAUGCGCGACCAGACCGCACGGCAGCCAUCGCACAGAAGAAGGCCCAGGUGCAAGGCAUCCAAGACAUCGAAGAAGCCCCCGCCGUACAACCCUACCAUCGCUCCAGAGACCCCAACACAUCGAGACUAGUCCACAAAAAUAACCCACAAUACCCGACCGCAGCCUCGGUCGCCGAAUGGCUCAACUCAAAGGGGGUUCUACGAGGCAAGUUUGUAAGAGAAGACGACAUGGAACAGCUGCUCGAAAUGAUGGUCCUCGACGGCCGACUCGAGAAGAUCUCGGGCACAAACUACCGCACCGUGUUGACGGCGAGCGAGACCAAAAUGUUCAAUGGUUUCGUGGACGCGCCGUGUGGGAAUUGCCCCGUCUUCGACCUCUGUGGCAACGAAGGAGAGAUUUCUGCGCGGACUUGUGUCUACUUUGGUCAGUGGCUUGAGACGCAGUCGGAGGAGAUUUGA